CUUUCUUGUGAUCGUCAAUUAAUUUUUAAUUUUCUUUACCAUCAAUUGACCCUAAUCUUAUCUUUUUUGUCGCCAACCAACUCUAUUUGAGGUUUAAUUGACUAUGAUGGUGGCUUUAGCCUAAUUUGUAUUUUUGAAUCCACGGCAACACUCGGAAAAUUUGAGGCUGAAUCCAUUCAGGUUACAUGGAAAGAGCGCCUCUGAGCAGGACGAAAGUUGAAAUUUUUUUGUAUGUCUUUUGCUAAGCAAGUAAAUAGGUACGGUGAGUUUGAAUUGGGGCCCUCUCAGUUAUUAUAUUCUCUCAGGGCCAGAUGAAGGAGAGAGAGCAGUGGACUUUGGGACUGCUCGCUUGGGCUGAACAUGAUAUGAUUUUUCUUUCUUACUGUUGAGACAAAAACUCCCCAAGCGAGAGGCUGAGAGCCCAAACCAAAUCAAAUGGCUUUUUGUUUGUAGUCGGCUGUGCGAAAGAAGAAGAAGCAUGUGGCGCCAUAAAUACACUCUGCCUUGGGCUCGCCGUUUUGACCGGAGAGAAGAAUAAUAAAGUAAAGGAUGACAAAAAGUAGGAGGGGGAGGAAGGGGACUCCGGGAAGAGAGUGGACGUGUAACGAAGACCACACCACAGACAAUUCGCCGUUAAAAACCCUUUUUUAGUUCACUAUUAACCAAACCAAAUGAUAAUUAAUGUAUCACUUUUAUUUAUAAAGGGGAGCAGAGGCCAGGCCAGCCCAGGAAGAAGAGGAAGAGGGGGGUGCUUUUAAUUCUCUGACUACAGAGCGAGAGAGAGAGAGAGGGAUCGAGCGCUCUGAGAACAGAAAAGGGUCUCUCGCUGCACUCGCCACCGCCCUACCCCAUGCCCCCCAUUCAGAGGAGUCUCUUUAAUGCCCACUUUCUCUGCCACUACUUCUAAGGCUCCUUUUUCUAUCUCUGGUUCGGCCUUUUCCGGUGGUUCUCCUUCUGGGUUCCGGCGCCGGCCUCCGAUUCUGGCCAUACUGUACACAGGCGCCAACCAUACUCUACAAAAGACGGAGUUCAAAAGGAGCUUCUUUGAACCAUUUUCAUGGCUAUCUAACAUUUCUUUCUACUGCCAAAGAAAAAGGGUUCUUGUGUUUGGAUUGGGAAAUAUGCUGCUAAACCUGUUUACGAUUCUUUUCUUUGCUCCAUUUCUGGUAAACUCCACAGACCCGUCUUUUAACGAUGAUGUAUUGGGUUUGAUCGUUUUCAAAGCUGGGCUCAAAGACCCGGAAGCCAAACUCACAUCAUGGAACGAAGACGAUGACAACGCCUGCAACUGGGUCGGUGUAAAAUGUGAUCCCAGGACUAAUCGGGUCUCGGAGCUCAUCCUUGAUGGCUUCUCUCUUUCCGGGCACAUUGGCAGAAGCCUCCUAAGGCUGCAGUUCCUUCGUGUUCUCUCACUGUCGAAGAACAACUUCACCGGCACAAUUAAUCCCAUUCUCGCCCAACUCGACAACCUCCGGGUCAUCAACUUGAGUGGAAAUUUUUUUUCUGGAUUUAUUCCCGAUGAAUUUUUUCGACAAUGCAGGUCGCUACGAGCAGUUUCGCUUGCGGGUAAUAGUCUUUCUGGGCGAAUCCCAGAUUCUUUGAGCUCCUGCUCAACUCUGGAAGCAGUUAACUUCUCCUCAAAUCAGCUUUUCGGUCCAUUGCCUCCUGGAAUUUGGUCUUUGAGCAGACUCCGGUCGAUUGAUUUAUCCCGUAAUUCGCUGGAGGGUGAGAUUCCUCGAGGAAUUGAGAAUUUAUAUGAUUUAAGAGCAGUCGAUUUAAGCGAGAACAAGUUCACUGGGCAGCUGCCAGAUGGUAUCGGUGGUUGUUUGCUAUUGAAAUCACUCGAUUUCAGUGAGAACUCUCUUUCUGGUGGCCUUCCAGAAUCAAUGCAAAAACUUAGCUUGUGCACAUUUUUAAGCUUAAGCGGGAAUUUGUUCACAGGUGAAUUUCCAGAGUGGAUUGGAGAUAUGAGAAGCCUCAAAAGUUUGGAUCUUUCUGCAAAUAACUUUUCAGGUCAAAUCCCAAACUCGAUAGGAGAGCUGCAGGCCUUGAAAGAACUGAAUUUAUCUACGAAUGGAUUCACUGGAGGUGUGCCAGAGUCCUUGGCAGCUUGCAUUGACCUUUCUGUAUUGGAUGUUAGCCACAAUUUUCUCAUUGGUAACCUACCUUCGUGGAUCUUUAAGAUGGGCUUACAGGCUAUUUUUAUUGCUGGAAAUAAAUUUAGUGGGCGAAUAGAGUACCCAUCUCUGACAUCAAUGGCGAGACUUCAGGUGCUGGAUUUAUCUUCUAAUCAAUUAUCUGGUCAAAUCCCAUCCCCCAUAUGGAACAUCACUAGUUUGCAGUUCUUGAAUAUAUCCAAGAACUCUUUAACUGGCUCUAUACCUCCUACUAUAGGGGAAUUAAAAUCUACCAAGGUUCUUGAUUUGAGUAAUAACUGGCUAAACGGAAGUGUUCCUCCUGAAAUUGGAGGAGCAGCUUCACUGCAGGAAUUAAGGCUCGAGAAGAACUUCCUCACGGGCAGGAUUCCAGCUCAGAUUGAAAAUUGUUCAUUGCUAAACUCCUUGAUGCUGUCUCGCAACAAUCUCACGGGGCCAGUUCCUGCUGCCAUUGCAAAUCUUACUGACCUCCAGAUUGUUGACUUGUCUUUCAAUGACCUCUCUGGUAGUUUGCCAAAAGAGCUUACAAAUCUUUCCCACCUACUUGUCUUUAAUAUCUCCCACAAUCGCCUUCAAGGUGAACUACCAGUAGGUGGCUUCUUCAAUACCAUCCCUCUUUCGUCUGUCUCUGGUAAUCCUGCAUUAUGUGGUUCUGUUUUGAACCACUCCUGCCCUGCUGUUCAUCCUAAGCCUAUUGUUCUCAACCCCAAUUCUUCCUCCGGACCCAAUGGUGGCUCAUUCUCUACAAAUCUUCAUCACAAAAGAAUUGUACUCAGCAUCUCAGCGCUUGUUGCCAUUGGUGCAGCUGUUUUCAUUGCCCUAGGUGUAGUAAUUGUCACUGUUCUUAAUCUUCGUGUCCGCUCAUCUAUGUCACGUUCUGCUGCUGCCUUCACAAUGUCACGUGAGGAUGAUUUCAGUCAUUCACCUACAACUGAAGCCAACUAUGGCAAGCUUGUUAUGUUCUCCAGUGACGCUGGCUUUGUUGCUGGGGCUAAUGCACUGCUUAACAAGGAUUGUGAAGUUGGGCGGGGUGGAUUUGGGACUGUCUAUCAUACAGUCCUUCAAGACGGGCACUCAGUUGCCAUUAAGAAGCUAAAUGUUUCAAGCUUGACAAAGUCCCAGGAAGAUUUUGAGAGGGAAGCGAAGACACUUGGAAAGAUCAGGCAUCAUAAUCUGGUGGCACUUGAAGGGUAUUAUUGGACUCCAUCAUUGCAGCUUCUCAUUAAUGAAUAUAUCUGUGGAGGGAGUUUGUAUAAGCAUCUCCAUGAGGAGCAUUCCAAUAACUGUCUCUCUUGGAAACAGAGAUUCAACAUAAUUCUUGGGAUCGCUAAAGGUUUGGCACAUUUGCACCAAAUGAACAUCAUUCAUUACAAUAUAAAAUCAACUAAUGUUUUGAUGGACAAUUCUGGUGAACCCAAGGUGGGAGACUUUGGCUUGGCAAGGCUGUUACCUAUGCUAGACCGUUAUAUUCUAAGCAGCAAGAUUCAGAGUGCACUUGGAUACAUGGCUCCUGAGUUUGCCUGUCGAACAGUGAAGAUAACUGAGAAAUGUGACAUCUACGGGUUUGGGGUCUUGACUCUUGAGGUGGUGACAGGGAAGAGACCUGUGGAAUAUAUGGAGGAUGAUGUGGUGGUGCUUUGUGAUAUGGUGCGGGGAGCAUUGGAAGACGGUGGGGUGGAGGAAUGCAUCGAUAGGAGGCUUAGUGGUAGUUUCCCUAUAGAGGAGGCAAUACCUGUAGUAAAGCUUGGUUUGAUAUGUGCAUCUCAAGUGCCAUCGAAUCGGCCAGACAUGGGUGAGGUGGUAAAAAUUUUAGAGUUGAUCCAGUGUCCUUCAGAAGGCCAAGAGGAGUUGGAAUGAGUUUACCAUGUAAAGAUUGGGAGGGAAAAGAUGGAGAAUGAGUUUCCCAGCAAAUUUAUUUAUUACAUACUAAAAGAAAGGGGUUUUCCGGCGAACAGGAAUCCAGUGAGUGCUUGAAUACAACAAGAGAAUAUAUUGUUCAAGGUUUUGCUCUCUUUUCAACUUUUUUAUUUCUAUUUUUAUUUUUAUUUUCUUGUUCCUGUUUCUGUAUUUCUAUUUUGUAAUUCUUAAAUUUUUGUUACAGUGAUAUGACUGGAUUCCUUUUCACCGGUUAUAAUUUGGGGACCCUUUUGGAUAAAAA